CAUGUACAACCUGAAAAGUGAAAAGCAUGCUGUACAACAACUUGUUGGCUGUUGCACAAAAUAUGGGAAAUACAUGAGGCGCCCGCCUCAGGGUGAAAUUUUUUGCCAAUGAAUCAUGCCUCAGGUCGCCUUAUGCUACCAAAAGCACAGGCAUCAAGAGCAAGAUUGUUUAAGGAAUACAAGGAGGUGCAGAGGGAGAAAGUUGCUGAUCCAGAUAUUCAGCUUGUUUGUGAUGAUUCUAAUAUAUUUAAAUGGACUGCACUUAUCAAGGGACCGUCAGAAACGCCUUAUGAAGGUGGGGUCUUUCAGCUUGCAUUUUCUGUUCCAGAGCAAUACCCUUUGCAGCCUCCUCAAGUGAGGUUUUUAACCAAAAUAUUUCAUCCAAAUGUACAUUUCAAGACCGGAGAAAUAUGUCUAGAUAUCCUGAAGAAUGCAUGGAGUCCAGCUUGGACGCUCCAGUCUGUUUGUAGAGCUAUAAUUGCUUUAAUGGCCCAUCCAGAACCAGAUAGCCCUUUAAAUUGUGAUUCAGGAAAUCUUCUUCGAUCUGGUGACGUUAGAGGUUUUCAGUCUAUGGCUAAGAUGUACACCAGGCUUGCAGCGAUGCCCAAGAAAGGUUAAAAUCAUUCAUCACUCGCCUUACUUGUGCUUGGUCUCAUAUCCACCACCAUUGUAUGUUUGUGUUACUGCUAUUUUACGGCUUUUGAUACUUUUGAUUAUGGAAAUUAAGUGUUGUUCAGAACAUACACAAAUCCAAAGCAAACAUUUGCUAUUAAACAUCAUGAAAGUUGUGGUUCAUUAGCACAAAGUUAGGUUAAAUAAAUGAAUCUUUUAUUAUAAUAGUUUUUACUG